AUGUCCCCAGAAAUCACCACAUAUAAGAUGCGUCCAGUCUUCUCUCAGAAGUCCGAAGCUGAUGGGACUGCGAAACUAAUCGUGUAUGAACAUGCAAAACAUUUAGAACCUUCUUGCACUCCAGGAAACCACACUCAAAGCACAUCACGCACCUCGUUGCCCCGGUCCGAUACUGACAGAGGAGAAGAACCUGUAUCAGAAGACAGACUUCAGCUUCCUCUCCUGACUGUCUACCUUCCUUACAUGAGCUGGAUGAAAUAUGGUAGAUAUUCAGAACUGAAGAAGGUGUAUGUAUCGAGCUACGCAACUGUCACAAGCAAAACCGCCUCCUCAGCUCCAGAAAAGAAACAACCCUGGAAGAAAGGAUCCAAUAGCUCUCUCGUUAAUGUUGGACCAUCACGCCAAGUAGACCGAAAGAGACCACUCUCGAGGAGAGGAUCCAUUUGCUCUGUCACUAGUAAUCAAUCAUCACACCGACCCAAUAGCUCUCUAGUGAAACCUGGACCAUCAGACCGAGUAGACGGAAAGACUUCCUGGCCCAUAACGCCGCUUUCUCGGGUUCCCCAGAGGCCACAAUACCUGACGAGAACCUUGGAUCAAUUCUACUAUCCAGCUUUGGACGAUACAAGCGACCGGGAUGAAGAUCAAACGAUCUCGAAAUGGACUGGAACGCCACUGGAGGCGGACGGCAGAGAUAAGGCUACCGAUGACAGCGCUAUGAUCAUGGUCGAUCAAUUCUGGUGCUGGAUCAUCAACGAAAAGACCAUCAUAACGAGCUUUCCUAGCGGAAUCUACAGUUACUCUCCCACAGAUGUUGAAGAUCUUUACUUGAGCAUCACGAGAAGCCUGUCUUCUGAUCCACAGCAACUACAAACGGUUGAGGGUAUGUAUUCACUGUUGGUCAAGGAAGCGGCGGGCUAUAUGUUCAAUCAGGUCAACAGAAGCUCAGUGGACAUGGUCGGGAUCUACAGAUGGGCUACUGGCAAGAAGGCUGCUACUCAGACAAAGUACUUCCAGGAAUUCCAACGGGGUUACACCAGUAGCGGAAAGAAUAAAACUAUCGGAAAGGACGACCCGAUCUUCAACGAUCGCAGCGAUGUAAAUCUCAUUCUAGAGGUUGCAGACAUCAUUGAUGAACUCAAGAUGAUUCAACACCUCUUGAAAAUCCAAAAAGAUGUCAUAAAGUCUUCCAUUCAGGCUUUGAAGUUAUGUGCACUAGAUACAACCGGAAAACCAACAGUCUCAUAUCAAGUGGAGGACACAAUCGGCCCUCUACUCGCUCAGUUCGCUAGUAUCGGCACUGAUGCGCAACACACUCGCAAGAUGUUACUCGAUCUGUCGGACCUUAAGUCUAAGGCAGCAAGUCUUGCAGAAGCUCAUGCAGGUCUCGAGGCAGCUCAAUCGAGUGCAAAAGAAGCUCAGGAAGCGAGUGUUCAAGGCCGCGCUGUGAUGCUCUUCACAAUCAUUACAGUCAUAUUCUUACCUCUGUCAUUCUUUACAUCGUAUUUCGGCCAGAACGUCAAAGAGUUCACCGGCGAUGAAGGUAACCCUUCUACCUGGCAUCUAUGGCGCGUCGCAACGCCCAUUACUGUUGUGGUCAUUGUCGUGGCUUUACUCGUCGCGUUCUACAUCACUCAAUCCGGGAAAGCUUCAGCCACUACGGGGACGAGACACGACAAGCGGUGGAAGGGAAAUCUACUCCACGGCUUGCGGCGGUUGAAGUUCUGGAACCGCAACGAAACGAACAAUAAAGACGUAGAAAUGAACAGCAUGGAAGCUACGGCCUGA